AUGCCAGACACAACAGAGACAAAGAAUGGCGCCAAACGGGCUCGCCUACCAACGUCAGACCCGAAAUAUCCUCGUAAAAGAAGUCUAAAGGCUUGUCAUGAUCAUUCGCAAUUUGACCCAGCUAGUUUGGAAAUCCUCCGGCAGUUGGGGCACAUCAUCAGCACCCAAAAUGAACUGACACAUACAGUUCGAUCGAUCGCUGCAUCCCAAUCACAUGUAGCAUUGGGGCCAGGUGCAUCUCAGGAUCAACUACAGUUCAAUGGUAGUCUAAACUCGGAUACAACAGUACAAUUGCAGCACCAGCUUCACACAGCAGACUGGUUCACGGCACAGUCAGAGUCGGCUUCAACAACGCCAGCCUCAUCCGCAAGCGCAGCUGCAGUUCGAUGGUUCGGAAUCUUAUCCAACGAGGCCCCAAAUGAAGAGUUUCUAGAAGCAGAAACGCUUCAGGGUGAUCUUCUUGAUACAUCUCCAGAAGGUCGAGCCGACAGCGAUAUCACUCCGUUACAGAGAGCAACUAGGGCUAUUGAUACACAGCCUGAGAUAUCCGACAGACGAAACAGUCGCACUUCUAAUAUUUCCGAGGAGAGCCUCUGGCAGGCUUCGAAGAGUAUAUCACUACUUGAUCAAGAGCAGGGCCUGUUUCAGAACUUCCUGCAUAGGAUAUGCUCAUGGCUCGACUUAUUCGAUCCAGCUAGAACCUUCUCCACAAGAGUGCCACAUCUCGCUGUGCGAAAUGCCGGUCUUCUCAACGCCAUCCUUGCACUAUCAAGCUAUCACCGAUCCCUUGACGACAGCAUCCCAUCCAAUCAACGCCCUGACCAGAAUAUUGCUCUGCAGUAUUACUACCAAACAUUGCACUAUGUUCAAAAGGCAAUGCGGUACUCAACGUAUCAGAAUAGCCACGAGCUGAUGGCCACAACACUCAUGGUUUCCACGUAUGAAAUGCUACGUGGAUCACGACAGGACUGGCAGCAACACCUCCAAGGUGUCUUUCGUAUACUAAGAUCAAGACAGAUAGAAGUGGAAACAUCGAGUCUGGAAAGUACGACGUGGUGGGCCUGGCUGCGACAAGAUAUAUGGGUGGCUUUUCGUGAGAAGAGGAGGACGUAUAGUACGUGGAUGCCCAAGAAAGGAUAUGCGGAGCUAGACAAUCAUGAACUUGCUUCAAGGGCUGUGUGGAUCAUGGCACAGGUUAUAAACUUCUGUGCUGUUGACUCAUCGAUUGAGAUGGAAGGUGGUCUGUCAAGAAGAAUAGACUGGGCAAAAGCGCUGAAGAACAUGUUGAAUGAAUGGCAGUCUCAUUUGACGGUUGAGUUCUCAGCGUUGCCUUCCAUGGGCCAGUAUGGGAUCGAAGUCUUCAAGCCGCAUCUCAUACAUCCACAAUGCUUCGGGCUUGCGGUGCAGCUUCACCAUUGCUCCUGGAUUCUCAUCACAGCUCACGAGCCACAUCUUGACGGUAUACAAGGUCUGUUAAAGCGCCAAAAGGACAUACAACAAAGUAUCGACAUGGUCUGUGGAAUUGGCAUGACGCUUACAGAAGACGCAUCUAGCAUGCUAUCCUCACAAUGUCUUUUCAUCGCUGAUGUUCCUCGUGAACAAUGUUUCAUUCAAAUGCUGGGCGUCAGCACAACCUGCAUGUCGGCUGCAGCCCACUUUGAUGCUCUCAUGACGAUACAUGGCAUGUUUAAGCGCAUCGUGCGCAACGAUGCUAUCCGUGUUGACCCUCCAGAGAUUUACAACUGGCGAGUAAUCGCCUUGACAGCUUCGGCAUGUUUCGCCGGAGCCCUCUUCGGAGUUGAUGCCGGUAUCAUUGGUGGUGUUCUCGCUAUGCCAGACUUUCAGAGAGAGUUUGGUCUCAACAAUCGUUCUGAUCAAGCACGCGCUGACCUUGCUGGUAAUCUGGUCACUACUAUGCAAGCCGGUGCCAUUGGCGGAGCUCUCCUCUCAAGUCCCUUUGCAGAUCGCAAGGGCCGUAAACCUGCGCUUCUUCUUGUCGCCAUCACGGGUUUUAUCGGUGGGAUUAUGCAAGCAUUUUCCUACGGCCAUCUUUCAGCAUUCUAUAUUGGACGCUUUAUCGAAGGUCUUGGCCUCGGCGCAGGAACAAUGCUCGCACCAACUUAUGUCUCUGAAAACUCACCCCGUGCCAUUCGUGGUUUUCUAGUCGGCUUUUUUCAACUCCUCCUCGUUCUCGGAGGCAUGACGGCCUACUUCAUCAACUACGGCUCCCUGCUGCAUCUCCCCGGCAAAGCAACUUGGAUGGUUCCUCUCGGAUGCCAAUCCAUCUGUCCAGCGCUUCUCUUUAUCAGCAUGAUAUUCUGUCCGGAAUCGCCAAGAUGGCUUGCUUCUAGGGAUCAGUGGGAAAAGGCUGGCGCUGUGCUAUCCGACGUGAGGAAGUUGCCGGUUGAUCAUGCGUAUAUUCAGCAGGAGUUGUUGGAGCUUAAGACGCAGAUUGAUCAAGAGAAGGCAGUCAUGCAAGAUACAGGGUUUUGGGCACUGCAGAAAGAGUGCUGGACGCUACCAUGGAACAGGAAGAGGGCACUUUUGACGGUUGGUAUAGUUACGCUUGGACAGUGGACGGGUACCGGUGCUAUUAACUACUACGCCCCGACUAUCUUCAAAGAUCUAGGACUCUCGAGCACCACAACAGCGUUGUUCGCACAAGGUAUCUACGGUGUAGUCAAGGUCGUGACAUGCUUGAUCUUCAUCUUCUUCCUGGCUGAUUCCCUCGGUCGUCGUAAAUCAUUUAUGAUUGGUGGUGCCAUCCAAGCAUUUUGCAUGUUCUUCAUCGGCUUUUACCUUCGCUUCGGUCCUGAGCCUGGAGAGAAUGAUCAUCCUCCUCCAGCGGGUAUUGCAGCCCUGGCGAUGGUGUACAUCUUUGCUGCAGCUUUCAAUAUGAGUUGGGGACCAGUUUCCUGGAUUUACGUGUCCGAGAUCCCUACAAAUCGCCUACGUGCAUACAACGUCGCACUAGCAUCAUUCACCCAUUGGGUCCACAACCUUGCCGUGUCCAAGUCAACCCCAGUCAUGCUUCUGCACGAUCCGUACCGAGCUUACUUUAUCUUUGGAUCUUUCAACUUUUGCAUGGCCGUUGUCGCGUACUGGAUCCCCGAGACCAAGGGUAUCUCGCUUGAACGUAUGGACGAGGUGUUUGGGAUUGCAGAUUUUUCCAAGGUCGAGGAUGUGGGCAUCGCUGCGAGCCGUGCGAAGAGAAUCGACGAUGAGAAUGUGGAGGAUGUCCAGACUGAUAGGCCAGUCAAGUCAUGA